AGAGCGAGCCCUACUCCAUCUUCACCUACCGCUACUUCGUCUACCUCUGGCCCCAGCUCACUUUCCUCGUACCCUCUCCGUCUCCUUCUCUAUCUGCGGCGUUUCAUAAGGGGAAGUGCGUGGGGACGGUGGUCUGCAAGAUGGGGGAGCACCGGGGGGCUUUUCGAGGCUACAUCGCCAUGCUCGUCGUGAUCAAACCCUACAGAGGCAAAGGAAUUGCAACGGAGCUGGUUACUAGAUCUAUUCAGGUAAUGAGGGAAUCCGGCUGUGAGGAGCCAAAGUCUGACUUUGGAUUUCACUUGCAACAUCUAUUCAUGUGCAUAAAGAAGAUGUUCCAGGUGGCAUUGGAAGCAGAAGUUACAAACAAGGGAGCUCUUGCCCUCUAUGGUCGACUAGGGUUUAUACGAGCAAAGAGGCUGUUCCGCUACUAUUUGAAUGGAGUGGACGCUUUCCGCCUUAAGUUGUUGUUUCCUCAUCGUGACCCAUCCAUGCUUAGGGCUUCAACCGGAUAUAACAGUCAUGUUCAUCCUUCGCAGCAUUCACAAGAAUUUCCUCAGAGUAAUACGGACUUCAAAGUCCGAGGUACAAGUAUUAAUGAGUAGGUCAAGGAUCGUCGAGAAUUUUCAAGUAAGAAAGAGGUGUUGUAUUGAUUGCAAUGCAUGUUGUUGACACUUGGUUCCUUCCAAGUAUCAACAUGGGUUGCAAGCUUGUAUCAAUCUCUUGUUUCACGAGAGUUCUAUCGCGAUGCGACAUUUUAUAAUUUAUAUAUACAAGUAGCUCCUUGACAGGAUUUUCUGUAUCCUUUUCAUACUUGAAACUUCUGAUGGCUCUUAAACUAUGUUAUGAUUGAGCGGUUAUUUUUAGCAGUGGACUCAGGCUAUCAAGUGGCAUAAUUGAGGCAUGGAAAUUGAGAAUCAGAAGGGAAAGAAGGACCUCGGUUGAUACCGAAACACCCGAUAUCUGCAGUUCACUCAUGGAGAGGUCAUUUUUUUCAGUUUAAGAGUUUUUAAGAUAUUUGUCCCUUCAAAUUUUCGUAUUAUUUGAAUUAGCGUCCCAAAUCAUUAAAGUGCUAUCUAGUCCCCUAA